CACCAACGUUACGUAACAACUCCUCCCGUCUCAACCCAUCAGCCACUGUUUGCUAAGUGGCUAGCUCCAGCAAAUGUGGGUGUAAUGGACAGAUGCAGCCGUUAACAUUCGCGAAAUAACCCGCCUGUCAAUUCGUCAACCUCCUUACAACCACAGAGAUGUUUGGCAGGUCACGGAGCUGGGUUGGAGGGCAGGGGAAAGCGAAGAAUAUCCAUUCCCUGGAACAUUUAAAGUACAUGUACCAUGUCUUAACCAAAAACACUACAGUGACAGACCACAACCGCAACCUUCUGGUGGAGACCAUCCGCUCCAUCACAGAGAUCCUCAUCUGGGGGGACCAGAAUGACAGCUCUGUAUUUGACUUCUUCCUAGAGAAGAACAUGUUUGCAUUCUUCCUUAACAUCCUGCGGCAGAAGUCAGGUCGUUAUGUGUGCGUUCAGCUUCUCCAGACUCUGAACAUACUCUUUGAGAACAUCAGACACGAAACAUCUCUGUAUUACUUAUUAUCAAACAACCAUGUGAACUCCAUCAUCGUCCACAAGUUUGACUUUUCAGACGAGGAGAUCAUGGCCUACUAUAUCUCCUUCCUCAAGACACUGUCGCUCAAACUCAACAAUCACACGGUGCACUUCUUCUACAAUGAGCACACAAAUGACUUUGCCCUGUACACCGAGGCCAUAAAGUUCUUCAACCACCCUGAAAGCAUGGUCCGCAUCGCAGUCCGCACCAUCACCCUCAACGUAUACAAAGUGGACAACCAGCACAUGCUGCAUUACAUCAGAGAUAAGACAGCGGUACCAUAUUUCAGCAACUUGGUCUGGUUUAUCGGCAGCCAUGUUAUUGAACUGGACAAAUGUGUGCAAACCGAUGAAGAGCACAAAAAUCGAGGCAAAUUAAGCGACCUGGUAGCCGAGCACCUCGACCAUCUCCACUACCUGAACGACAUCCUCAUCAUAAACUGUGAAUUCCUCAAUGAUGUUUUGACGGACCACCUCCUCAACCGCUUGUUCUUACCUCUUUAUGUGUUCUCAUUGGUGAGCCAAGAAACGCAUGAAGAGCGAAAGAUCAACCCUCAGGUGUCCCUCUACUUGCUGUCACAAGUAUUUCUCAUCAUCCACUAUCAACCCCUCGUCAACGCCCUGGCUGAUGUCAUCUUCAACGGAGACCUAUCUGUCUUCAUCCCACAGGCGGGCCUUCACAACACACACAAAAACACUGCUAGUUCCGGAGCUGUGCGUCGCUUUACCAAGCCACCGGAAUCUUUGGAGCGCUCACUGGAGCUCUCCCGCCACCGUGGCCGCAAGAGAACGCAGAAGAGGCCAAACUACAAGAACCUUGGCGAGGAAGAUGAUGACGGGGGUGCCGGGGGAGGAGGAGGAGGAAGCGGCAGCAACCGGGAAGGGGCUGAUGAGAGUUGGGACGAUAGUGGCCGAGAGAGGGAGAAGGGAAAAGGUACAGAGGUUGUUGGGAGUUCUAAGGGGAGCAGAGCGAGUGGGGAAACGGCGGAAGAAAUAGAGAUGGUGGUAAUGGAGCCAUGUAAGGUGUCGGAGUUGACCGAGCAAAAUAUCACGGACGAAGAGAAGACUGCAGCAGCCACGCGCACGCAAAGAAGCAGGCCUCUCCUGGAAAUGGUUUACAGUGCCCUCGACUGCACUCACGACGACUACCAUGCCCUGUUUGUCCUCUGCUUGCUUUAUGCGGUUUCACACAGCAAAGGUAUAAACCGUGACCUUCUCGAGCGACUGCAGUUGCCAGUCCCGGACCAGGAACGAAGCUGUUAUAGUUUGGUACUUGCAGAAAGGUUGAUCAGAGUAAUGAGCCAGGCAGCACGACCGGACGGUCGAGUCCGUCUUGCUACCUUGGAGCUCAGCUGCCUAUUAUUAAAACAGUCUGUGUUGUCUGGAAGUCCGUGUAUCAUCAAAGAUGUUCAUCUGGCCUGCUUGGAGGGGGCGAGAGAGGAAAGUCUCCACUUACUGCGGCGAUUUUACAGGGGCGAGGAGAUCUUUCUGGACAUGUUUGAAGAUGAAUACAGAAGUAUGACGAGUAAACCGCUGAAUGUGGAAUAUCUGAUGAUGGAUGCCUCCAUACUCUUGCCGCCCACCGGCACACCUCUGACCGGUAUCGACUUUGUCAAAAGGUUGCCUUGUGGAGAUGUGGAGAAGACGCGGAGGGCCAUACGUGUGUUUUUCAUGCUGAGGUCAUUAUCGCUGCAGCUUCAAGGAGAACCUGAGACACAGCUGCCUCUCACCAGAUCUGAGGAUCUUAUUAAGACUGAUGAUGUCUUAGACCUCAAUAACAGCGACUUGAUAGCAUGUAUGGUGGUCAGUAAAGAUGGCGGCCAGGCUCAACGAUUCCUCGCUGUCGAUGUUUAUCAGAUGAGUUUGGUGGAACCAGAAACCAAACGGCUCGGCUGGGGUGUUGUCAAGUUUGCUGGCCUAUUGCAGGACAUGCAGGUGUCUGGCGUGGAAGACGACAGCCGAGCUUUAAACAUCGUCAUACACAAGCCCAGUUCCAACCCGCAUGCCAAGCCGCUGCCCAUCCUACAGGCCAACUUCAUCUUCGCCGACCACAUCCGCUGCAUCAUCGCCAAGCAAAGACUCGCCAAAGGCCGCAUUCAAGCCCGACGCAUGAAAAUGCAAAGAAUAUCAGCUCUUCUAGACUUGCCUGUGCAGCCAAGUACAACUGAGGUGCUGGGUUUCGGACAGACCGCCAACGCCUCCCCCAGCGGCCUCCCUUUCCGUUUCUACGAGCAGUCAAGGCGAGCGCCCAAUGAUCCCACAGCCAGCAGAGCAGUCUUUGGCUCAGUUGAUAAAGUCCCAGGCUUUGCCGUGGCUCACUGUGUGUCGCAACACACACCCUCUCCUCUGUCCUCCCCUUCGACUCCGUCCAGUGGGAGUGGAAGCACAGGACGAUGCGACUCGGUUACCACGAGCACCAUUUCAGCUCAGAGCCCCACAGAUGACGGCACAUUUUUGGAAAACACUCCUCCGUCCUCGUCCUGCGGAGAAGGCGAGGGAAGCGUCGGGGACUUAACGAGCACCCCCUCCACCCAAGGCCCGCCGCCGACCUUGGCGCCCAGCCUCACCCCGGCCUCCCAACCCACAAUCUCCCUCCUCACCGACAGCAACGCCGACAACCUGAGCGUGGAAUCGCUGACGUUGCUGCCCCCCGCGGACUCGCCGCACCUCCACCCCUGCGCCAAUCCCCUCGCUGCCCCCGCCUCCUUUCUCAUGAGACUGGAUGAGCAGAGUGAUGAAGAGAAAGAGGAGGCGAGGAAAGGAGAGCAAGAGGCAGAAGUCUCGCCGAUGGAGCACACUGAGGCGGAUGGGACUUUGAGAGACAUGGAGGCGCUCAUAUCCGUAGUCGAGGAUCCACUGGGUGAAGAUGAGUCAGAGGAGAGGCGAGACUCACCUCAGCUGGAGGAAGAGGAAACACAAAAUGGAGAAAAGCACACGGAAACACCUAAUUCACUGGAACUGGACUAACAACCCUGGCACACUUGAACAAAUUCCCCACUCAUCCAGACGUCAUUGACGUGUCGAAGCACCCGGCUUGGCAGCGGGCCAUUCGCGUGCCGUAACCUGCAGGUCAUGCAUGACGUCUACAAAGGCCUUUCCGUUUUCACACAAAGACAGCCUGUGGAACGGAACCGGUGGCAGACUCAAAGCACAUUUGAGGGUUUCACACACAUGAGUUUUUGCGCACGUAUCCAAGCGUGUAACCAGCAGCUUUUUUUUUUAGUAACUCCCAAUUGACGGGAUUGUCACAUGCGAUACUGCUGAUGCAAGAUUUUAAAAGAUCUAUUUUUUAAGUCUUACGUUCACAUAACCACUGAAGUUUUGUCAUUCACACGCUGCUGCACAAGCCUUUUAUGCACUAUUGUGUGCGCAGUCUCAAUUCAUUCAUCUUGGAUGUACUGUACACGUGCUGCGUCUGAAUUAGGAGAACUUCUAACAUCGAGUGAAUUGGAGAUUCAGAGCCAACAAAGUCCAACUUCCUUGGAAUCUGUUUCACAGCUUGAGUUUUUUCCUGGAGAAAUGUUACAGCUGAACGUGCUUUGUCACGCCACAUCUGCUAAAGUCAUCUCUGGUUCUGAAUGUUUUUUUUGUCAUGUGCUUUACAUUUGGGAGCCUGCAGGCAUAAUAAGACGUGAAAGAGUAAGAAUUGAGUGGCUUAACCAUUCUCAUUCCUCUAAUAGCUUGAUUCGACCUUACUAGAAUUCGCAAAGCUUCACAUGACCACAAAAAAAAAAAAAAGAUGCUCAUCAGAACUUAUGACAGUGCGGAGCAGAUCUGUGCCUACGGCAAUAAACAAGUUUUUGUGAAGGUCAAAAACGAAUGUGACGCACAACUUAACCCUCCUUAUUACCACGUUAACUUUACCUUUGGCUUUUCAGCCCCGUCUCAUCUUCUGUGCCAUCCAUCUGGCUUUUUUUUUCUCCCCCCCCCAUCCUAAAUUCUUCCCAGUUGAAUUAGUAAUUGUGAAACUGAAAGCAAUACUCUUCUCUCACCCUCAUCUCGCUGCUGUGAAUAGCACCAGAGUGAUCAUGUUUAAAAAGAAAAAGAGACUUUAAAACACAAAAUGCUCCCGUGGCACUUUUGUUCUCCAUCUCGAAGAUGUGUCGCCUUGACUACAUGCCAUUACAAGCUGCCAUUUCGUAUCUGAUUGUAGUGUGUGUGUGUGUGUGUGUGUGUGUGUGUGCGUGCGCUGUAAAUGCUUCUGCCUUUUAAACAUGUAAGUAUUGUUAAUGACUUUGAAAGAGAGGAAUAAAUAAAGAGCUGCAAUAAAUUAUUCUACCUAACAA